GGCGGGCGGGCAGGCGGGCGGGCGGCGGGUGGGGGGGUGCCGGGAGCGGGGACGGGGGGGGCAGAGCGAGCGAGCGCGCCCGGCGAAGGGGGCCGGAGACGCGGCGGCGGCGGCGGCGGCAGCAAGAUGGCGGCCAAGUCGGAUGGCGGCGGCGGCGGCGGCGGCUUCGCCCAGCUGCACAACCUGGACGAGGCGGCGGCGGCGGCGGGCGGCGGCGGCGUCGGGGCAGCGGCGGCGGAGUGCGCGGAGGAGCCGGGCGGCAGCAGCUCCUUGCACAUCUGCCACUGCUGCAACACGUCGUCGUGCUACUGGGGCUGCCGGAGCGCCUGCCUGCGGAGCCUGCUGGGGCGGGCGCCCGCCGCCGCCGCCGCCGAGCCGCUGGCCCCGCGCCCCGCCGCCGACGAGGGGCCGCCGCGCCCGCCGGAGGGCGCCGCGCCCGCCGAGCGGCCGUGGCUGGACUGCUUGUGGAUCGUGCUGGCGCUGCUGGUGCUGGUGGGCGACGUGGGCACGGACCUGUGGCUGGCGCUGCACCACUACGGCCGGCGGGACUACUUGUGGUGCGGGCUGACGCUGGCCUUCGUGCUGCUGCCCUCGGUGCUGGUGCAGAUCCUCAGCUUCCGCUGGUUCGUGCAGGACUACACGGGCGGCGGGCUGGGCGCCGUGCAGGGCCUCAGCAGCCGCGGGCCGCCCAUGAUGGGGGCCGUCGGCCGCCGGGGGGCCCCGGGCGGCGGGGGAGGAGGAGCCGUGGGCACCGCCACCCCCGGGGCGCAGCGCCUCUGCAGGAUCUCCGUCUGGGUCUGGCAGUCCGUCAUCCACCUGCUGCAGAUGGGACAGGUCUGGAGGUAUAUACGAACCAUGUACCUGGGGAUCCAGAGUCAGAGGCGGAAGGAACACCAGCUGCGUUUCUACUGGGCUAUGAUGUACGAAUAUGCAGACGUAAAUAUGUUGCGCCUCCUGGAAACUUUCCUGGAGAGCGCCCCUCAACUGGUGCUACAGCUCUGCAUAAUGAUCCAAAAGAACCGUGCAGAAACAUUACCAUGUGUGUCCUCUGUGGCCUCCCUGAUGUCCCUGGCUUGGGUGCUAGCCUCCUAUCACAAGCUUCUUCGGGACUCUAGGGACGACAAGAAGAGUAUGAGCUACAGAGGGGCCCUCAUCCAUCUCUUCUGGCGCCUCUUCACCAUCUCAUCCCGAGUUAUUUCUUUUGCUCUCUUUGCUUCCAUCUUCCAGCUCUACUUUGGGAUCUUUGUAGUGGUCCAUUGGUGUGCCAUGGCUUUCUGGAUCAUCCAUGGUGGGACAGAUUUCUGCAUGUCUAAGUGGGAGGAGAUCCUCUUCAACAUGGUGGUAGGGAUUGUGUACAUUUUCUGCUGGUUUAAUGUCAAGGAAGGGCGGACUCGAUACAGAAUGUUUGCAUAUUACACUAUAGUCCUGACAGAGAACGCUGCCUUGACGCUCCUUUGGUAUUUUUACAGAGAUCCUGACACUACUGACUCAUAUGCCGUGCCAGCACUGUGUUGUGUCUUUCUUAGCUUUGCUGCUGGGAUAGCUUUGAUGCUGUUAUAUUAUGGUGUGCUGCAUCCCAUGGGGCCGAGAGUUAAGAUCCUUGUCAGCUCCUGUUGCGCCGAGCUGCUCUGGGGCAUUCCUUUGCCCCCCGAUGUUGAGCCCAUGGCACCCCAAACCCCUGGGUACCGGGGGGCCCAGGCUACGCCCACCAGAGCGGUCACGGAGCAACAGGAGGAACUCACAGCUGACACUUGCUUGCCAGUUUUCCAGGUGAGAGCAAUGGUACCAUCUACUCCAUCUGGGCGACCCUACCCCGCAGAGGGGCCUCUCAUUAAGAUUGACAUCCCGAGAAAAAGAUACCCUGCAUGGGAUGCUCAUUUUGUAGACAGGAGGUUAAGAAGAACUAUCAACAUCCUCCAGUAUGUCACCCCCACAGCUGUAGGUAUUAGGUAUAGAGAUGGACCUCUCUUAUAUGAGUUGCUACAAUAUGAAUCUUCACUUUAAGCUCCUUAAAACAAAAGUAAAAGAGGGGACCUUAUUUUUGUUUACGGUAAACACAGAUCAUGAAACAAACACAAACCUUCAGAUAAGCUUUCUUUCUGGUUGCUGUAUGUAUAAAAAAAAAGAUAUUCUCUAUGUUUUGUAAGUAAAAACAAAAAGAAAAACUUUUCUUUUGUUUUUUACACACAAGAAACAGUAUUUCAACUUCCACACCUAGGAUUCACAGGUGGAGAAGGAGGCAUCUCCACAUCAGUUUUAUACCGUACACCAAGUGUAGAAUAUUAUUUAUGGGAUUGGUGCUGAUUGAAAAAUAAAAAAACAAACAAACAAACCUACAACUGCCUUAUGCCCUUAGGUGCUGAGUUUCAUUAAGUACUGUCACCUUUCUCAUGCAAAACUCUUCGAUGAUUAUAUGCCAGGAAAAAAAAAUGAAAAAAAAAAACAAGCGAAAUACAAAACUUAAAAUUAAAAAAAAAAAAGAACAACAACAACAAAAAGAGAGAAACGUUUGGAAAAUAUCUCGUUCAUCUUAUUGGAUUUAGUAGAAAAAAAGAAAAUUGUCUAAAGAAAGCAAAGCCAAGACACCCCCAAUGGAGUUUGAUUUUUAAACAGUUGAAAGACAAAAUCAGGUCUGUAAAUAAUUUGGCAAUAUAUUUAUAACACCAUUUGGCCAAGCCCGCAAGCCUUGACCAAGUCGUGUUGUAGAAGUGAUGCCGCUAUAUAACCGUUUUCGUCGUGUAAAUGGGCUGUGCAUAAUGGUCAGUUUGCACCAGAUUAACACAGUAAUACAGUAUCUGAUCUUGUUUCAAACAAUUGCACACGCUAAAGCACCACUGACCUCAGUGGAGUAAAUAUCAGCAGUCUGAGUCCAGAAUAAGGCCUGCCACGUUGAUUUCUGGAAAAAAAAAAAAAAAAAAGAAAUCUGCAAACAUUAAAAUUAUAUACCAAAAAUAUUAUACUAAAGUAGAUUUACAUAUAUCUAAUAAAUAUAUCAGUAAUAAUAAAACUCAGCAUAGUAGCAAAAAGCGAGUCAAUUUAAAGGCACAAUACUUGAUCAGUGACUGGCAAAAUAAUUUGACCUACUGUAUCAUUUUAAGGCUGUGAAAGGCAUACAUGUAUUAUUUGUAAUCUCGUGUAAGACCUGUCAUGUCUCAUUCAGUGCGAGCCUUAAAGUGAUUGUAAAGCAUCCUUCGUUUCAUUUUUGGGUUUUGGGUUUCGAUUUUUUUUUUUUUUAAGGAAAACAAAAUACGAAAACCGGGGUUAAAAAAAAAAGAAAAAACUUCUUCAAAUGGUAAUAACCUGUAACUGACUCACGUCUAGAGAUGAUUUGGUGCUUUGUAUUUUUGUUGAUGUUGUUGUUGUGAUUUAGCUGAGAAUUCUUCAACUCGGUACAUUGGGGGAACUGCUGAUAAAACUGUCUCGUGUCACCCUCUACUGUAAGUACAUGGCAAGAAACACCACCACAGGAAAUUCAAGAGCGUAGCGAGAGCAUCGUGGUUUAGCUUAGCGUUCUCACCACAAGGAGAUGCUGCCACCGCCGAAAAUGGCAAAGAGUAGACGGUUGCCUGCUAAGGGUUUCGUGGUUGUCUUGACAUUUCCAAAAAAACCCGCUUGGUGUCUGAACAUUCACAUCUCUUGAAUUCUGUUUCUGUGUGGAAAUCUCCGUUUCGAGUUCAAUCACAGGUUGCGAGUACCUAAUCGCAUUUUCCUUUUUGAGAGUAUUGCUCCUUUAAAGGAAUGUUCCCAUUUCAGGGCAUCUUUUCAAUCCCACCAUCCCUCUACUUGGGAGGGGGAUAACAACAACAACAAAAAAAGCUAUUUUUAAGUGAAUACUGUAGUAUUUUCUGUGUGUAAUUGCAAUUUUUUAUUCCAGAAAUACUGUAACUGUCUAGGGUGCAAAACUCCCAUGUUGACCUGUUCUGAAGAGAAGAUCAACAUGGGGGAGAUAUUUUUUAAUUAUGAUUAUGGGUUUUUUUAAUUUGAGGAAUCAGUUUUUUUUUUUUAAUUCUAAUAGUAUUUAAAGAAACUAGUACAAAUUUUAUAUAACAGUUUAAAGAAGCUGAAUGCUUUCUUCGCCUGAAUAUACCUGAAGAGAAACAUUUUUUUCAAUCAGUGAUCCUUUGCAGUGUUCUGAGAAAAUGUUGGGGGGGGGUGUUUCAGUUGUUUUAUUUUGUUUUAUAAAGGAAACUUUUAACUAGUAUCUGUCCCUUUUAACGAGGGCAGGACUCAUUCACGCCAAACUAUAGACACACGGCAAAGUUUAUAAAAAGCCAAAUUGUCACUGGUACUGUAAUUCCCAGUCAAACUCCAUUUCAGGCAAAUGUUUCUGGGCUCUGAUUACAACCAAUAUGAUGGUCACAUUUUCAUGCAAAGGGAGGGAUUUUGUCGUGUCAUACCCUACCUAAUUGUGCACAUAUAUAUAUAUAUUUAUAUAUAUUUGUGAAGACCUUUUAUCUUCCUUCUCCACUAAUUGUGUCCCAUAACCAGUCCUUCCUCAAGUGUCCUACUAAGGUUUCACACCGUUUCUCCCCUAAUCAGUGUGCCAUCUCCAUAAAAAGAGGUAAUUUGUGAAGUGAACUUGCUGGUCCCAGGUACUGAACAAUUUUGCACCACUGCCAUGAAAAGACAGAGGUGCCCAUCGUCUGACGUCAUGCCUGCAUUUCUCUUCCCAGAACUUUGAAGUUUUUCCUUUUUCUGAACGGACUUACCUUUAAUACUAGCACAAAUUUACUGUGAUUGGGUUCUUCGAGGCUCUUGGCUGUUGUAAAGAUGCUCCUUAGUCCUCCCGUGAGCGGCUCUCAUCCAUACGCACACAUUUUCAUUGGCAUAAGCAUGAGAAGGGGAUGGACGGCGAAUAACCCCAAUGCUCCUUGGCGGCGUUUCCUCCAUGAAAUAUCCCACUCAUUUCCAAAAGCUCAAGGAGAGGGUGACCCUCACCGAAUCCACAAACCAUGGAGUCAGGGUUGGAGACAGAAGUCCUUUCCUUCACCCCACCGAAAGGCCGGAUCCUGCCACUUCGCAUCAGGACGACCAAGUGGGCCAACAAGCAGAGGCAAGCCCAUGGAGAAGAGUGGAGGAGCCCAUCAGCACUGUUAAACCUUGUCCUGAGCCUCAGCAGCCCACCUUCCUGCAGGAAUGGGACCCCUGUGACACUGACCGCCGGCCUCCAGGUCCUGUUAUGGGAGCAGAGGGGCAAAACACUCUAGAAGUGACCUUACCUUUCAACGCAGUGCUAAUUUCUUGCGGCCAAACCAGCUUGACAAAGGGCUUGACACAUCCCUGCUCCGAAGUCCUCCAUCCUAGAGGCUCGCAGUGCAGAUAGGAACGUCGGCAGGCACCUCCACUGAGCAUUUUUCUUCAGACAUAUUAAGACUGUUGCGUUAUGCUUAGUCGCACAAGCUGUCUGCCUCUGGUGUUAGUUCUUGCUUUGAAUGAUACCUGCUCGCAUCCUAAUUCAGCAAAGAUUUGCAGUUGGAGCCUGUCUUGACCCUGGAGAACUCUCUCACUUUGAAGAAUUUCAUUACAGCCUUAACGUAAAGCACAUGCUCUACAACCAUGCCGAAUAAGUUCAUAGCUCGGUGUGGCGACUACUUCUAGGAAUUGUCUGUGAAUUUUUUUGCCAAACAGCGCCUUUUGCCAAGCCAAAAGCAUGGGACGUAAAAUUACCCCAAGCUCUUAUUCAUGCUAAUCCCAAUGUCAAGAGGCGAGUCCUCACCUUCUUUUUGCCCAGGGUCCCUUUGCUUUUUGAUGCAUAUUUGGGCAGGAUGGUCAGUGAGUUCUGCUUUGUCUUGGUUUUUGACUCCUUGGCCUCUUACCGUAUGUAUCAUAUUCUUGCCUGAAGAUAUUCUUUGAAGGUUGUUUUUUUUUGAACUGAAUCUGUAUUUAUUCACAUCACAAACUCAGCGGGCAACUUCUCUGGCAUGUUUGUGCUGCUGGAUUUGCUCUGGAAACAUCUAAACCAGCCAACGAAGCCGUGCCAGGGCAAAGCCAGCGUGCUAGGGCUCCACCAGCCACACUGGUAAAUUGUUCAAACACCCCCGGCAUGGUUUUGACCCACUCAGAUGAGCGCUGGGCUCAGGCCCAGCUAGCACAAGCGUUAACACUGGCUGGAGACCAUCCCCAAUCGGCAGCUUGUACACAGCCAGCCUGUACCGGCGGUGGAAGCAUUUAAUAGUAUGGAUGUGGCCAGCACUUGUCAGUUGGCUUCAUGGCCAGAACAGAUCCUGGCAGUCCUUAAUUUACUAAUAAAGAUAUAGCACUCUGUCACAGACAGAAUUCGGGACUUGGUGGAAUACAGCAGCUCCGAUAUGGCGUAUUUCUAUUUUCUGCACACCAAUCGACAAAGUAUCUUUGUUCUUUUGGCUGAGGUUAUUAGUUUUACAGACAACGUCGCUUGUAUAAUGCUGGUGUUUGUUAACUCAUCCAUCCAUCCCUCCAUCCAUGUCAGAGGGCUGGCGUGCUAGUGUUAUAGCAUUAUACAUCUGUAGGCAGCUAAUUUGGAGACAUGAAUGAUUCAGACCAGACCAAAUCAACAAUGGAAAUAUAGAAAUUACAAGGUCCCUGCCCAUGCCCUUGUCAUGCUUUGCCACCCACACAAGGCAUUAUUCAUCUGAAGCAUAUCCAACCCGAAAUGCAGAAGAGGAGCUGGUGUUACAUAAUUGCCAGAGGAAAGUGCAAGCGAGCCACCAAUUUCAAAUGUAAAUAUAUAUUUUUCAGUGUUUUGGACUGGAGAUAAUUGUCUGCUUCAGCCUGUCUUUCUCUGCACCUGCCUAAAGUCAGCAGCAUUUGCAUAUGCUUUUAUAUAAGGCUGACUAGAUGAAAGAGGACAAAAUUAAUUUUAAGCUUUAGCCAGUGGUCUAUUAAAACCCAGCUGAUCCUGCUAAUGAGGGGAGUGCUGCUAUUGACUUUCAGGGAGUAAUCGUCAACUCGCUCUUCAGAUUUAUUUCUGCACAUGCAAGAUUCACUUCACAAUUUAUCCCUGCUCCUCAUACCUACGCAGAAAUGCAUGAAACAACUGUCACCCAUGUACCUGCAGCAUGACCAAACCUCCUGCAGAAAAUGUGGUCCAAGGUUCGUCCAGCAUGAUUUCAUUGAAGCUCAGAGGUGCUUUGAAAAGGAAAACUUACUACUGUGCAUUUGCAAAACCUUUUAGUGCCUGCUUCCUGGGCAGCUUGGGCAGGAGACAAUUUGGAAGCUGCCAGAGUCUGUGGAAAAUUGUGGAGACAGGCUUUACUGGGAUCCUUUCUUCUUUUACUGGGUUAGCUUUUCUCUGGAUUCUGUUCAGAUCGAAUGUGGUCAUGCAAAAAAAGAAAAAAAAAAACAAAACAAGAAUUAACAAGGUCUAUGUCAAUCCCCUUAUAACCAAGGUAGAAGAUGCUAGCUGGUAGGGAUGAUGUGAACUCAGUUGUGCACCCUUUGCUUGCUGAAGCUUGAAUGCUGUUAUUUUGUCAGUUGUCCAGAGCCCUGCGGUUUGGGGGGGUGGUAGUAACCCAGGGUUAGGAUUGUUGCUUUAUUUUUUCCUUGGAGCUCAGGUGUAUUCUGGUGCAGAGAAUCUCAGCCUGGUUUGAAUGAGAAGAUUAGAGGCUAUCCCAAAUAUACGUGGGCAAACCUUUCACUGUGUGCAAAACACAUUUCCAGACCUUUGGGUACCACAAGAGAUUGUCACAAUCCGCUUAUUUCUCCAUGAGCACAUUCAGAAUUGCUUCAUUGUUCUGUUGUGUUUGACCUUGGAAAUAACAGUAUGGUGACACUUUUCUGCUGUGGUGCAGUCUGAAGUACAGUAGGAGCCUUCCUGCUGAACAAGGUAUUGCCUGUGUUCAGCCCUUGUUCCUUACUUGAAGCUUGGACAGUAGGAUAACGAGAACAACGAGAUGACGGAUAGCUGCAUAUGUUCCAUUGGCUCUUCACUGAUGAGGAGGGAGGCAAUUGGUGACAUUUAAAAUAAAUCUGCAUAAACGAUCUGGACUUUAAUAUAUACAGAUGUCCACACAGCCCAAUUGGAAAGGAUACCAGCGAGUGGUUUUGUUGAUAAAAUAAUGUGGACAAUUGUUUCCUGUUGUAUAUUUAACAAAAAAAAAAAAUUUGCAAGCAGAUAAAAAUGAUUUGAGAAAAUGAAUAUUACUUUCCCACCCUUUGGGACACAUGCAGCAAGGCAACUGUUUGAAAACCAGGCACUUUGUAAUAUGCGGAGUUAUUUGGAUUUGUGCAUUGCCGUGUUUGUCAGAUGGUCUUUUACAGCAAGCGUAGAAAGAGGCCACAGUGUAAAACUCAUUGCAGAUUUCUGGGUGACAGGACUCCUGGGUUUCAACCCCAGCUCUGCCACGAAGUUGCUGUGUAACCUUGGGCAAGUGAUUUAACCUUUCUGUGCCUACAGUUUACCCAUCUGUACAUGGGUAUAAUAAUAUUUAACCUACCUCACAGGGGUGUUGUGAGGCUUAAGUAAAUGCGUGUGAGAGGUGCUAGAAGUGCGAUGUAAAACUACCAUUCUUGCUGGGUUUGUGCUGUUAUCGGGAAUGAGACGUAAAGAAGUUUGUUACAACACGCAUAAAGAAAACCUGCUGCUGUGUGCACGUGUCGAGAAAGCGAUCUUAAGUCUUUUCUCUCCCCAAAAGCAAGGAAUGGAGAAAAUUGUUGUGCGUCAACUAAUAGCCUUGCUUUCUUGGUCAAAUGUAAUAGCACUGUUUGCAAUAUUAUUUUCUUACACAACAGGUGACCUUUCCCUUUUUCCUUUCUGUUUAUGAAAACUUGAAAUGAAAUAUCACAAAAGUAUUUCUAAACUUAACAGAUUACUGAUGAAUACUUGAAUUCCUUCAAAAGUUGCUCUCAUCAGCCACGGUUAAUGUGCACUAAUCUUUCAGUCAUCAGCUUCCAUCCGAAUACAGUGAAAAAUUUGCUCACGCUCUUUUGGAAUAGCCUAGACCUUAUUUGGGAGGCUGGUAUACUGUUUUCUGAGGACUCUUAUAAGCAUGGGAAAACUGAUAAGCAUGUAAAAAAUCUUGUUUCAUUUUGAUUUUGCCUUUAAGUUUCUCGCCUGCCUAGGCAGCACAAUAAUUGCAGUUUACUUUGUGAUACAAUAGCUUCUUUAGACUGUUUCCUUAUGCGAAGGGCAAAGUGGGUAGCGAAGGAAUAACCUAGACCCAACACUGCUCAUGCACAACUCUUCUUGAAGUACCUGCUUUCCUGGAGAAAACCUAUGCCACAUCCAGAGAGACUAGACCAGGCCUGCCUUCGCCAUCCUUCCCCAGGCAAGACUUCCCUUGGCGUUAGUGGGAGUUUUGACUGAUGAUGACGUUUGUCUGCCGGGGUGGAUUCAUCCCUGGUUUAACCCCAUCGAAGACACUAACCUGGGAUAAUUUUCUUUAGAACGAGGGAAGCCAGUUCAUUCCUCCAAAUAUCGCCACUGGUCAGAUAAUUGGGAAGGGAAAAAAGCAUGUCAGAGAAAGCCUUUUUUCGCUGUUUUUGAGCCAAGUGUUUUUACUGUCUAAGCGUUCUGACCAUUAUAUAGUGUCUCUUUUGGAAAUGCAAUGCAAGGCAAGAUUUCCUGCUGCCUGUUAGAAAAGCUUUUUGAAGUCUGCUUGUGCACUCCUUACUCAGGCAAAACUCCUGGGGUUUUUUUUGUUUUUUCUUUUUCAUUGGGUUUUCUUUUCUCUCCUGAGUAAGGACUGUGAAAUCUGGCCUGUUCUGGAUAACUGGGCAGUGUUUCAGGAGGCCACUGUCUUUGCUAAACGAAGUCUUGCCUUGGAUGAAGCAAGAAUGAAGCUAGGAAAUCUUCUCCUUCCACCUCUUAGUCUGCCCCUUUCUUGUAGCCACCAUGGCUACAGAAAGGUAGAUAGUUCAAAAUCUUCUGGUUAUGUGGACCAGACUCUUCCUCAUGACUACCCUUGCAGCUGGAGAUCUUCUCUUGGGGCAGAGCAAAUUCAGAAGCCCUGAUCUUGCAGGUGGGCCUCUUGUCAUGUGCAUCGACUUUGGUUCUGCUGCUUCCCCGUUCAUCUCCCCAGACAUUUAUUUUCCCUUUUACAAGCCUUCAGCUCAGUGCUUCUGGGUUCUUCUCACCACUUCUGUUCCAAAAAGACUGAAGCUAGAGAAAACAGCAAUGUAACUCCUUCGGUGCUAUGCUAACUGCUUUUGUCUAUCCAACCAAAUGGUGGCCGACAUGCAGAUUUUCCCUCCUUGUCCUAAGAAGCGCCACACAUCUGUGUCUUUAACAGAGAUGGACUGAGAGGGGUGAGAGAGGGUGAGUGUGGUUCUGGAAGCGAAUAAAGUCUUACGUGUACCUAGUGAAGCAAAAAAAAGAUGUAAAUGCAGACUGCUUUCAAAGCUAAUAGUAGCCCACCUCAUAGAAGUAAAUAGGAUAUAGCCUAUAAGGUAUUGAGGGCAUUACAUAUAUAUAUAUAUAUAUAUAUAUAAAAUGACAAAAAGUUCAGUUAUCAAUAAAUCACCCUUUAAUAUUCCUGAAAAUGCACUGUUUAACAGUAUAUGCAACUGGCUGUGUUCACACGCGGUUGUUUUACUUUGACACACUUUAAGCAGGAAUGGCUAUUUUAACUGCAAAGGAAAAAGAGCUGAGAGAGACAGAGAGAUCCUCCUACUAGAUCUGAUCUGAGGUGGAUGGCUAUGAAUUUUCAGGAUUAAAGGGACUAGUAAAUGUAUGUGUGUGUCUAUAUACACAGUCAUGUGGAAAUAUAGGCAAGCAUAUAUGACAUGUUACUGCAAAAUAUAUAUGUUUUAAUAUAUAUGACUACAUGGUGAAUUCUAAAGGGCUUUUAGAGAUGAUGAAGGUAGUUUCUGGUGUGAGGUGCUAGCAAUUUGGGGAUCACAGGCAGGGUUGAAGAAAAUACUCCUUGCAUGACAUUUUUAAAGUAAAAACUGGGACAAAAGACCAUCAGAAGCUUAAAGUCCUUCAGGGGAAAUGCUGUACCACCUGAUCUCCCUCCUGUCACAAAAUUUGGAAGCCGAAUUCAGACCAAAAGUGAAGGCCAAUCGCAGUGUUAGUGUAAUUCAGUAAAGCCCCAUUGAUGUCCAGGUCCCUCAUCACACUCCUCAUCCCCAAAAUUGUCACUUCUACGGGUGCUGGGGAACCCAGACUGGGUGUUACUGACCCUGCUGGGUUUCUCCACCACCCAGAAGCUCAGCCUGAGGUAGCUGGUUGGUUUCCUCCAAUUUGCCCAUUUCUCAAGCCAACCUGGGCUCAGUGUGGCCAAACCCAGACCUGUUUUGUGGCCCCUUAAAGUGUGAACGUGUGGUGAGGGUCAGAGCUGUGGCCAUCUUCUCAUCACCCUAGGAAACCCUGAGCAGCCCUAAGAGGUUCAGCCCUGAGUGUGGUAAUAUGGGGCCAAACAGGAAAAAAACACCCCCAAAAGACAAAUGUGUUUUUACAUGUUACAAAGCACAGAUGUUUAAACACAUUCAGGCAUCUCAGUUUUUCAUUUUGUAGGUUUUUCUUAAUCAGUGAUAAUAGAUUUGCUGUUGACGUCUGUUGCAUUUGUUGAAACCCGAGCAAAACUUAGACAAAAUCAGGUGUUUCCAAGCAGAGCCAUCUAAAUUUGCAUAUCCCUGACCUACACAGGGGCUUUUGUAGUCUCUGGCUUUAGCUGAAGAAGAGCUUAUUUCCCCUGGCACUGGUAUCAGAGUCGCAAUGAAGUCAGCCCUGAUAAUACACAUAGCUAACAGGACCCUCUUUGUGGGGAUUAAUCCUCCAAAUCUGAUUUCAAGCCUUUAAUAUUCAAAUGCCAAAUGCCACUCAAAAUGAAUGAUUAUUGUUUUCUCUCCAGGUGCCAUUCCUAUUCAUCAGUUACAAGGACAAAUAACUCAUAUUUUCCUUGCUAGCUGUAUUUACCAAUGAAACAUGCUGUCACUCCUGGAGCUUCUUUCCCUCAAACACAUCUGAACACCACCUGCGUGCCUCCCUCGCCUUCCCUUCCCUCUCUUCUACCUUAAAAGCAAAUCCUGCUCCUUCCCAAGUAGCGAAGAUCUGGGACAAAUGCCAGUUGAUUACACCUGCAAUCUGUUCACUUUAGGAAUUUAUUUCGGUUUCUGAAGGCAUGCGAGCACACACAGAGCCACCCACUCACAGAAACUGCCUUCUUCCUCAGGCCAGACGUUGUUUUCAGUAGCCUGAAUUUGAAGUCUUGCCACUUGACCUCAGUGGACUUGCUUUGAGCUGACACUGCUAUAAGAGAAACCAUACACCAAGCAUUCCCCAGAUAUUCCCCCCCCCAAAUUACUAGUUUCAUGCUGUUUCCAUAUAAUCUGGGGUUUUUUUUUCCAACAAAUACUGAAGACUGGGUAUCAGUCAACAAAUUUACCAUGGAUAAAUAGUAGGGGAAGUCAACUGGUUCUCCUUUAUUUUACCUGCUAAUACUGCUCCAGCAAUGAAACAAGCCUUAAAUUGGGUGUAAUUGCAGCCACUUGGAAGACAGCUGUGAUACAUAUUUUCUAAAAAGCAUUCUAAAAAGCAUAGGUAUUGCAAGCAAGUCCCUUGGCCCCCAUCUUCUCUAUGUAGGGAAAGUGCUGGAAAGAGAUUUUAUAUCAAACAUCAAAGUUUGCUGUUCCGUACAAAAGAAGCCCUCUCCCAAAACUGAUAUAAACUUUUUUUUGUGGAAAGCAUUUUCCUAUCGAAAAAAAAAAAAGAUUUUGGCUGAUGUUUGCUCUCUGCAUGCUGUUUUACCAUUCCAGCCUUUUGUUCCAAUGUGGAAUGGGAAGUAGUUUAAAAAGCGCUUAAAUUACUCAGGGAAGGACUAUUUCAUGUCUAAUUCUGGCAAUUUCCAUUCGUUUCAACAGACCAAGUUCAGGCCAUUCCACUAAAACUAAUGCAGUUUCCCUUGGUAUGAAACCAGUAUGAGAUCAAAGCUGGGCUGAGGCCCUUGCAUGGUCUCCCCAGUCUCAGAUUUAUGGAGAUGUGCUUGUGUGCCUGACACAACAUUUCCCGUCAUGCAGCAGGCCUUCCAACCCACCUUCAACCGUCUAAGAAUUGGCAUUUCACAGAAAAGCUAGGUCUUUUGGAAGCUUUUAGUAAUUUUUGAAUUGCAUGGAAAUGUCAUCCCUUUAGUGUGUAUUUUGGAAACACUGUUGUGUACAUAUGUAGAAUCACGGUGCCUGAAUAUCUACGUUAUCUUUCCAUCUCUGCCACAGCUGUUGAGUGGGAUGACCAAGGAGAUUUUAGAGAGGUCUCCACUGGGAGAUGCAACCUGCCCUGCCUCACUUCCUUAGGACUGUGGGCAUGUGCUCUAGGGCCUGUGAUGUGGGAAAGGUCAGACUGUUGUCUGGCUCCCAUCACUGACACCACCUUUAGCCCUGGCUCUCUGCUGUACUUGCCUCAGAUAUGGAAAUAUGGGUUUAAAGAUCCUGGUCUCCCCUACAAAAGUGCUGGGAAGACGGACUAGUUAAAUACUUCCUGCAAAGUUCUUGAGCACCUUCUGAGUGAAAGGAACUCUGCAAGUUCACAGUAUCUUCUAAAAUUAGCUUUCUUCCCAAGAGCAUUUUUGAUUAGCGAAUUUUGACAGUACUGGAAAACUGGCACAGCCAUAGAGAACAGCACAAUUUCAAUACUUCUAUUUCAGAAGUGCCACUUUUCCCAUAAACAUUGAAAUUUGACUAAUCACUGCUGGAACUCUUUGUUAACAUUCAAAACCAGGAAAAUAUUCUUACAUUUGAUUCCUCAGAAUAAAACAUAUUCAAGGAGCACAAAUUCGGAAAACACUACAAAAUGGCAGAUAGAAACUGUUAAAGCAGGACACCUGGGUUCUUCUGCUUUGGCUAUGUAGUAAACUAUAAUAACUGAAUGUUACCCAAUUGCCUUGCAGUAAGCGCCAGGCUUAGGACCCCACUGUGCUAAGCACUUUACUGACACACAGAGAGGUAUGGACCUGCCCGGAAAUAGCUUUCAGUUUCAUUGUGGUUGUUUGUGUGACCUUGGGCAAGUCAUGUAACUGCUCUGUGCCUCAGUUUCCCCAUCUGUAAAAUGGGAGGAAUAAAACCUACCUCACGAGAAUGAUGUGAGGAUUGUUUAGUUCAUGUCAGUAAAGUGCUUCAAAGCCUUAACAUCAAAAGUGCAACACAGCAUAUUGCCUUGCUCCUACUCUCCAUGCAAUCUGGCAGAGUCAGGGAGGCAGGUUCGUCUGAAUUUGGGUGUUUUGAGGAAGACUAGCAUUACUCACACAAGAUACCACGCUAAGCUUCUGUGGGGCUCAUUUCUCCAUCCCUUGAAAUGCUCUGCUCCCCACUGGGAAGUCAACUGAGAACCCCAGGGAAUUAGCACAGUCCUGUUUGGGCAUGGAACUGGAGAAAGCAGAGGUGGAAAGAACAUGUGGGUCAUCAGGUGCAGUCCCAUGAGCCUGUGCCAUAAGCAUCCCUGUUUCUUAUUCUUCCAUCCUAAAUCCUGUUUGGUUUGAAAUGAUUGUAAGAAGGGGCUGCUCACCCUAGACCCUCUCUAUCAGGCACAUAAGACAGAGAUAAAAGUCUCAGCUUUCCUAGUAAGAAGUAUAUUUUUUGCUAAUUGGGCUUGAAACUCAGUCAUGCAUGGGCCUUGAUUCUUGCCUUAUUAACCAAACUCAGCCCAUUCUGGACCCAGGUCAUUCAUCUAAUGAUGUCCUCCCAGUGCCGUUCUUACCCAGAGUGGUUUCCAGGUGAAGAUGCCUGUCCAUCCAAGUUAGGAUGAAGGAUCUACCAGUUAGUCUAGGAGAGGUUGGCUUCUUCCUAGGUCACUUCUGCACAUGAGCCAACCUCUUGCCAUUACUUGCCUUAGACAGACUGGGAUCCAAAUCAGACCCCCAAAGUAGAUCUGAAUGGACAAAUACCUAGGAGGGAACAAGAAAAACUACUUCAAGUCCUGCCACAGGCAACUCCUUUUCUCCCCCAUAAUGGCAUUUCAACCACAUUUCCUAGCUUCUGCCAGCAAGCUGCACAUGUAGCAUUUGGGAGAAAUGAAGAAUGCCAAAAACCCCUGGUCUGAGCCGGCCAAGAGAGCUGGCCGAGCACAACCCUGACCCUCCUCUGACAUCCAGCCGAGCGUACUUCUGCUGAGCUUGGUGGCAUUCCCCUUGACUUAGUGCGAUUCAGCCAAGAGCGGGGUCAGGCUGCUUGGCAGCAGCUGUCUGAAAAGCUAAGGUGGUUUAGAUGGGAUGGGCUGACAGGUGUCAACACGAUGCAAAACUGGUGCUAUUCCUUGGCAUAGAGUGCCUGCAAGUCUUUUCUUUUUCUUUUUCAAUCACCAAGCAAUUACCUUACGCAUGGGAAGCCCAUUGCUUAUAUACAGCAUAUCUGUAGUGACUUCUUGUUUCACAGGAGGGCUCUGAGUACUCCGUCUUGCUCCCUAGCUCUUCCUCUAAUUUCUGUGUUGGAGAGCAAGGUUUGCAUGUGUAUGAGUGUGUAUAUGCGCGUGUUUGGAUGUGUGUUUAUUAGCAAAAGUAAUAGAGCAAGGGCCAAACAGAAAGCUUACUGCUAAGGAAGUUUUGACUGAGUAAGGAGUGAAUGAGAAGCACAGUAUAAGGCCUAAGAAAACUAGACAUGCAGAUUUUGAUCUCCAUCUCAAUCCAGAGGGGCUUCUAUAAAUCCAUUGAGAUCAUUGUCUGUGUCCAGGUCAAUUUGUUCUCUGGGCUCCUGGAGAGUGAUAGAUCGAGAUAUUCAGGGCAGGACCUUCCUGAGUGAUGAGAUCAGAUUUGCUGAGCACCUUCAACCUCGUGCUGCUUUAGUGGGAGCUGAACACAUCCAGCACAUCCCAGGAGGCAGUCGACAUGAGAUUAUGCCAUGUUUAUGUUAGAUUAUGCUUUGAACAUUAAAUUCUGCUUUCCUUACACCAGUGCAAGCCUGUUGAACAUGGCAAGAUGUGGUCCUUUUAAUUUAGGAAGGUUGUUAAAAAGUGUCCAAAGUGCUAGAUAAGAGCUCGCAAAAUCAAUGUGCUCCUUAAAGACCAAAUUCUGUUCUCAAUUUCACCAAGGCACUGGGCACCCUGCUUGAACCCUAUUGUUUUUUCAGGAAUGCCCUGGUUUUCCACCAUCUCUGAGAUCAGAAUUUGGCCUGGCCCCACCUGCCCUCAUUAACUCCGAAAGCCCUUUAUGUUCGUUGAUGACGGCUAUGUUAGGGCAGUGACAACUAAAUUCUCAAAACCUUGUGGUGCCUUUUCUUGUGGUGCUUACCCUUCACAGAACUUCAGUCAAGGCAACCACUUGCAUCAAACAGCAACGCCAGUACUUUUCCUCUGUAUUACGUGCCAGUGCAGUAACAGACUUUAAUGUAUACAUAUAUAAAUAUAGAUAAAUAGAUAGAUAUAUUGCUAUAGUUAUAAUUAUAUAUAUAUAUAAUUGAGGUUCUGAUGCCACUGUAUGGGGAAUGGACCAUUCCUCAGCAGGAUUAUACACUACUCGAGUAAAACCAACAGCUCAACGUCCUGUAAAGUGUUAAAAUCUUGGCAAGGAGCUUCUCUUUUACAAGUUGGUUUUCCAGCUCCCUUCUCCUUCCUCGCCCCCCACCUUCCUCCUCCUCCCUGCUCCCCAAAAUGUGCUCUGUGAAAGUUGCUGUUUCGCGCCGUAGCGAUUUCUCCAAAUUGCCGUCGGCCGUGUGCAGCAUGGUCGGGGAGGCCCUGGCCUCGCCAGCUCGCUCGGGAAAACGCCGCGCGGCAGCACCUUCCUCCCGCUGCGGCCUGGGGCGGUCCCCACGAGCCGCGAAAGGAGGACGGUGGGGCCGGCGGGCGGCAUGUUCCCACGGAGCUGGGGUGGCAGCCCGUGGAUGAGAAGGUGCAACCGGCUGGGUCGCGGGUGGCUUUUUCCUUGCUGGUCAACCAACCGCCGUGUCCACCAGCGGCCUGUUACAUCCCCAUUUCCCGAGACAGCAACUUGAUGCGUUUUUUUUUCUAUUACACUGUUGUGUUUCCCGCGCUGCUAUGGGCGAGUCCGGUCCCGCAGCCCUCGCUGACGGGGAGGAGGGAAGCUGGUAAACGCGGUUUGCUUUGCUCACAUGAGUAGUUCUGCCUGACUUCAGGGGGGACUUUUUGCCGAAGGACUGCUGGGUUGGGUCCACCACCACCUUAUCGUUACCGUUGAAGUAGUGCUGAAGCUACGAGCCCGUUUCGGAUAGAACAGAUGUUGAGUGAAGGCAUUUUCUACUAAAGGGAACAACACCAAUAAUACUGUAAAAGGUGCUAGAAUCAAACCUCAUUUUAUAUACUUUGGUUCUUAGAGAAAACAAAAAAAUACACAGAAUUCUUCCUGUGCAGCCUUACUGUAGAUUGUUAUAACCAACUCUUUAUCCAAAAAAACAACAAAAAAAGUGAAAAGGUUAAAAGAGGACAAAAAUGAAGAGAUCCUGUAUAAAGUGUAACAAAUAUGACUUUCCUAUAUAAAUGUAAAUGAUCAGACAUAUAUUAAAAUGCACUUGAGGCAGUCGACAAGCCUGAAAAGCUUUUGAAGUAUCCGUUUUAAUGUGCAACACCUGUCUUUUUUGUUUGGCUGGUGCAAGAGGGAAUGCGCCAAGUCAGUUUUAUUUCCUUUUAACUCUGUUCGUGAUUUUGGGAAAAGGAAAGAGGUAUGGAAAGGAGGUGAGAGGUUUAGCUAGUGAGCAAAUCUGGAAUGUUUAUCUCUGGGGGUUUUUUUUGUUGGUUUAUGACAUUGGUGACAGUGUUUGGACUCACUUCAUUUCUCAAAUGCUUUUGAAAGCUUUGUUGCCUGCCCCACGUGUUGAGCAUAACUCUUACCUCAAGAACGCUUACAAAAAAAGUCAAUUGUUUUUUCCCAUCUCCGGAAAAUUAAAACAAACAAAUGACAACAAAAAAAAAUAUUGAAAAAGCAAACAACCAGCAGUGAAUGAAGGAGUGAAAAAAAAAAAAGAAUGAAGUCAAAGCAGAGGUUUGGUGAUCAAACCGAGCCAUUCUGGUGCUUUUCCCCUUUUUACGUUGCUAAUGAUCAAAAUUACAUGAGAUGGGCUUAGAUAAGUUGUGGUCUUAGGAUGUAGCAAAAAAUGUAUUUAAAAAGAAUACGAAUUUGCAUGGAAAAAACUCUGAUGGAACAUUUAAAGAAUGGCUGUUUCAAUGUCAGACGUUUAAUGUUAGCAUGUGUGUGUGCUGUAUAUACCUUUUCAUGUGUGACAUGUACAGUUGACUGAGGAAAAAAACAUAUGGAACCGAAAAAAAAUAAUAAUCAAAUGCUAUUUUAUCAGAUGAUGCACUUUUUCACCUUGACGA